UGUAGCUCUCAGUAGAAAGGCGAAACAUUAGAAGUGGCCUCUUUGGCAGAGCUUGUGCCAACAGAGGAGGCCCAGCUGAUCUUUCCAUCCCUGCUGUGUGGCCUGUUCUGAUGCCAGCAGGCUCUGACUUUGCUAGAGGGGUCCCCGUGAAUGUGCCCUAAAUUAAGGGGCGUUUAUUUCACCUUAUUCUCUGCUGCUGGGAUUUCCCUGCAAGAGCCUUCCAGCUAGGAGAAAGCUGUAGUCCUGGGGCCAUAGGAGAGGAGGGCACUUGGGAAGUUAUCACCCACGGAAACAGCGUGCAGGAGAGCUGUGCUGCUGCUGCUGCCCUUCUUCAGAACAUGUCUCACCCAAUCCUGAUACGGGUGUUCUCUCUUCGGCUUGCUGGGCUUCAGAGCUUUCUCCCCCAAAUGAUGAGACUGUUGUACGCCAGUGAGCAGCCUAUAGACGCCAGGCCAUCGGGUGAGAAAGAAAAAAUGCUGGAUGAGACCUCCUGUGUGGGAGGAGUAAGUGAUGAUUCAGACAUUGUGACUUUGGAGGUGCCGAAGGUAGAAGAAGUUGGAAGCCAGGAAGAAGCCGCCUCAGGAGAGGAGGAAGGUCCGGCCUCAGAAAACUUCAACAUGGGCUCCUCUUCCAGCAGCCAGUAUACCUUUUGCCAGCCAGAAACAGUUUUCCCACUGCAGCCGAGUGGGGAGGAAUCCAGCAGUGAUGAAACCAGUCAUGGCUCCAGCCCCACCUUGAGGCGCCGGCGGGCAAAGAAGAGGCUCCUCUCCAGCUCAGAGUCUGAGGAAGGUCCGCCGCCUCCUGAUCCGGAAGUCAAGCAGGCCAAGCACCUGCUGAGCAGCGGCCUGAACCGGUGCAUCGUCCUGGCCUUGGUGAUUGCGGUCAGCAUGGGCUUUGGACACUUCUAUGAUAAAAAAGAAAAUUUUAUGUUUCAAGGUACAGUUCAGAUCCAAAAACAACAGGAACUAGUGGAGAAGACUCACGAAGACAAACUGAAUGAUAUGAAGGGGGAUCUUUUGCAAUGCCAACAAGGAAGUAAAACACCGUGUGGGUCUCUGAAGGAGGGCCUUGCAAAGUGCUGGCUUGCAACACAGACGGAAAAGGAAUCCUUUGAAUCUCAGAGGUUUCGCCUUGCCUCGGAGAACCAGCACCUGAGAGAGUCUUUACAGAGAGAGGAAAAGGCACUGGCCCUGCUACAGGAAGAGCUGAGGAGGCUGAGGGAAGAAGUGAGGCACUUGGAAAGCAGAGGCCCUGGCCCCGAGUCUCUGGUUGUGGCCGAAAACCAAAAACUCAGAGUGCACUUGGAGGAGGAGAGGCACAGGAUGCAGAGCUUUGUGAAACAAAAGGAGACCCUGCUGGCUGAAGCUCAGAUGCUGAGAAGGGAGCUCGAUAAAGAACGUCAAGUGACGGUAGCACUUCGGGAAACCUUGGGAAAGCUGAACGCCCAGCACGGGCCGUUGGCGGCAGAGGCCGGUUCGCACAAGAGCCAAGAGACGGAGACCCUGCGAGGGAUGUUGGCCGAACUGGAGAAGAAGCUGAGCUUUGAACAGCAGCGGUCAGAUUUGUGGGAGAAGCUGUACGUUGAAGUUAAAGAUCGUGCAGAGAAGCAGGAGAGAGCAGAGAAAGCCCAGAAGCCAGCUGGGAAAGGGGGAAGCCCAAAUAGAGCCAAGGCAAAAGCCACCUUUUUUGGCUCUGUGAAAGAAACGUUUGAUGCCAUGAAGAAUUCCACCAAGGAAUUUGUACGCCACCACAAAGAGAAAAUCAAGCAGGCCAAAGAAGCGGUGAAAGAGAACCUGAGGAAAUUCUCAGACUCUGUCAAGUCCACCUUUAGACAUUUUAAGGACACAACAAGAAACAUCUUUGACGGAAGGGAGAAGAAGAGGUACGGCGACAGAAGACACGAGACCAGCAGGAAAGGGAGGAGGAUGCAUCAGACGGACGGUUCUCGGGAUGGUCCUGCAAAGCCGGCGCAGCACCAGGCUCCAGGGAGCCAAAGGCAUUUUGGCCAGAAGACGCCUCGGCCCGAGGACCCCCAGCCCCUCUCGCCAUUGUCCACGGACGGUGGUGCUUCCGGGCAGUGUCCCAAGGGCCCCACGGGUAGCCCAAAGCAGCACACCAUCCUAAAAGGCUGCUCUGGCAUUUUUGACUGUGCCCACCAAGAAUUUAUUAGCCUCUUCAACAAAGUCCUGGAUCCUAUUCGGGCUGAUGAAUUUAAUCAAUUAAUGCACAAAUAUUUGCAGCAGGAAGUAAAGAACUUCCAUCAUUGGCGAGAACUGGAAAUUUUCACCAGCAGCUUCUUCCGCAACGGCGUCUUUAUUCAUGACCAGAUGCUGUUCUCGGACUUUGUCAACGAUGUCAAAGACUAUCUCGAAGACAUGGACGAAUAUCGGAGAGCCAGCGAUGGAGCCUUUGAAGGCCUAGACAAGUACAUCUACCAGUACUACUUUCAUCAUCAUAACCAGACGCCUCCUCCGCGGGGAUCCAGCCCUCAGCAGGAAAGACACCUUCCAAAGCACCAGCAGCGUUCCAAGAAGGAAAGCCGAUGGCAAAAGCAGGGCCGCAACAAUGGGAGGCACACGGCAAACCUGGAGAUUGAAGUGGGGCGGCUCCCUUUUGACCCUAAGUACUGAAGGGGUGAGGGAGCCCUGCAGGCUGGCAAAAUCCCUCCAUGAUUGGCCCCUCAGAGAGCUUUCACCACUGGCUUCAUCUCCAUCCUUCCUGUCUUGCAGUCUUCUUGGGAAGCAUUGAUUAAUUUGGCUGCUUUCUACUAUUACAAUAAAUCAGCAGGGUAAGCAGUAGCUUUAGACAAGUUGUAAAAUAAGCUUUUCUGCACUUGUUGGUACUUGGUUCUACUAAAAGAUAUACGGUAGAGAUUUCAUCUCAUGCUCCAGAAGCACAUCUUGAUAGCUGUUUAAUUACCCUGAUCAUGAUGGGAUUUCUUGCGUGUCCUCUUUCUGAUCAUCUUGCUUUUAAAUUUUCUUGCACAACUGUACAUUGUAAAAAAAAUAAUAAAAAGAUGGUUCCAAACUGUC